CCGCUCCUGGCGCCGGGGACCGGCCGCGCGAGGCUGCCGGGGCCGGGCGGCAGCAUGCGGAGCGGCGAGGAGCUGGACGGCUUCGAGGGCGAGGCCUCGAGCACCUCCAUGAUCUCGGGCGCCAGCAGCCCGUACCAGCCCACCACCGAGCCGGUGAGCCAGCGCCACGGGCUGGCCGGCCUGCGCUGCGACCCCGACUACCUGCGCGGCGCGCUCGGCCGCCUCAAGGUCGCCCAAGUGAUUCUGGCCCUGAUUGCGUUCAUCUGCAUCGAGACCAUCAUGAAUUGCUUCCCGUGCGAAGGUCUCUACUUCUUUGAGUUUGUAAGCUGCAGUGCAUUUGUGGUGACUGGAGUCUUGCUGAUCCUGUUCAGCCUCAACCUGCACAUGCGGAUUCCCCAGAUCAACUGGAAUCUAACAGAUCUUGUCAACACUGGACUCAGCACUUUCUUUUUCUUUAUUGCCUCAAUUGUACUGGCUGCUCUAAACCACAAAACCGGAGCCGAGAUUGCUGCCAUGAUAUUUGGCUUCCUGGCAACAGCAGCCUAUGCAGUGAGCACAUUCUUGGCCGUACAGAAAUGGAGAGUCAGUGUCCGCCAGCAGAGCGCCAACGACUACAUCCGAGCCCGCACUGAGUCCAGAGAUGUGGACAGUCGCCCCGAGAUCCAGCGCCUGGACACAUGAGGUCCCACGGGAGUCUUCCUUCCUCCAGCCCUUGUGCCCAUCCUUCCAGUCGAAUUUUCUUUCCCUCCACUCAUGAGACUUUCAUGUGAUUCAGCUGAAUUUUGUCCUCUUUGGUAAAAGUUCACUUUGGGAAAAGGUGUCCAGAGUGGCCCUGCUGGUGGGUCCGUAGUAGGCUAGAAAGGCCUGUGUCCUCUAGUAUUGGACAGCCACAGGAGCAGCCAACUAUCUGACCCAUGAGCCACACUGCCAUGUGUAUUUGUGAUGAGUCAAGAUGCUGGGUUACACAGGGCUGCUAAGAAGGGGAAAGUAGGCAUCCAGAAAUGAAGGUGCAGGGCUGGGACAGAGAGGCAGCCUCGUGGUGUGCUCUGGGUGCAUGUUGAGUCUGGCUGCCAGGACCUGCCUCCCUCGUCUUCCAUGUCCAGGCCAUCAAGGCAACCAGAAUGGCCUGAAACUUUUGGGGACUCUGAGAGUUUUAGCAUUGGAUAUGCUGGUGGAUUUCUUUGCUAGACUUGAAUAUUGCAGGGACAGGAAAAACUGGUGUCCUAUGUGACAGUUCCAUGAGACCCCUGAUGCACAGGAAGGUUACCCUUUUUUCCUACCCUGCUGAGACAUCAUUGGUUCUUCUUCAAAUGAAUCACCUUCCUGAGUCCCAGGUUCUUUUCCAAGAAUAUGGGGACCACCUUGUUUGACCACUUCCUGCUUACCCUAAGUACUCUGAGGCUGAACUGCAGAGUUUCUGUAAUUUUACCUUCUCAGGUAACAGCCACAGAAGAAACACAAUCCAUUCCACCAGCCAAAGCACUUGCCUGUUCGCUGUCUUCUUGGACCACACGUGGGAGUGUGUUUAUGUGUAUGUGUUACAAAUCAGGACACACAAACACACCUCUGUUUUAGCAGUGUGUGCUAAUUUUCUGAUACCUGAGAAGAAUUUUAAAAUGCUUCUGAAUAGAUCUGUCUAGGGUUUUAAAAUACUUGAAUUUAUACCAGGAUAUGUCCUUCCUCUGAUGUGUCAGAAGGUACCAGUUACCAGUUUGGGUGCCUGAGCAUCAUUACUAUGAAGACCAGUGGUGGAGGUUGUUGGGGAAAAUCCUAGUUACUUAGGUUUUUGAUUGAUUGUUGAUCAAGUGAAGAUUAUUUUUUGUGAUGAAUGAGUUAAAUGAGCCCCUACAAUGCUGUAGAUUUUUGUUGUGGUGGGUGUUGUUAAAAAUCUAAUUGUAUCUUUCAUAGAAAAAUUGUCAGGUUUUCACAUUUUGAACUGUUUUAAUGUUUACAGAUGUCACUGUAGCUCUAAUAUUUUGUGUUUAGCCCUUAUCAAGGAAAGUACAUUGCUGGUGGGAAGAUAUUACAGUAGCCUGGAAAACCUUGACGUCUUGUACUAAGGCCCACUUACAGUCUUAGCUGUGUUCUGUGUAGGAAAAAGCCCAGAGGAGGGGGUAGGACAGUGUGACGAGGUGUCCUGUGUGCAUGUAUGGCAUUGCAGUUUUCAGGAAACAGCAGUAUCUUGCUUUAAUGGGGAGGCGAGGGUUUUUGGUUAGAUAGUGCUCCUGGGCUGGGUAUUCCACAGGAAUGGUGUUGUGUCAGGUCUGAGGGCCAGGGUCAAGAGUUGGCUCCCUAUCCCAGUGUCCAGCACAGUCUAGUUCUUUUGCAGCCCUUCCUGGGCGGUAGGCCAGGUCACAUGAGUAAGUGCGGCUGCCUCAUGGACUGACCCGUUAGUCUGGAGGUAGCUUCUCUUUCCACAGAGGGUAGCCUGGCCUGGCCACAGCUGAGCCUGAGGCCGACAGAGCCUUCUUCCUCCUAUGUAUGUCGUGAGUCAGCACCAUCAUGCUUUACAGACUUUGAACCUGUUAUGUGGCGAUGUGAGGGGAACUGAAGACAUCUGGGUUUUAUCUCAUAGUCUUACAUAUCUAUUGUACAUUUGUUGAUUGUGUGUACAUAACUAAAAUUGGGCUUAUUGCCUUCUCAGAAUUCCAUUUAAAACAGGACCACAAAGACCCAGCCUGGCAUCAGAUGGAGCCCACUUGGAAGGACCACCCUGAGCUUUGUCAGAAGUCUGCUGGGAGUCAGGUUACUUGGACUCAAUAAAGCCACCUUUGAAAUAGGAGUGAAAGAAGAAUAUCAUUCAGGCAAGACUGUUGCCCAGGCUUUCCUGAGUCACUUCAUUAAAACCAACGUGUUAUCCGGUGAAAGGAAACCAUUGAUUGGCCUCCUGAGGAUGCGUUGUCAGUGGAAAUAAAUAGUAGUUCUGAGGCCCAUCAAGACCAUAAGCAUUGAGGGCUGAUAAAACGUGAUGACAUUUCCUGCCCAGAGAGAUUUAGGUGUUAAUUUGCAUCUUACUGGUACUCUUUGGAAUUAUUUAUGUUCCUAUUACUAUUUAAUAUCCUUUGUGCCAUGAGAUUUCCCCGUGGUUUUUGUAAAUGUAUUUCCUUAUACUAUUUAAUUAGCUCCCACAAGAACCAGAAGCACCCUGUACAGUCUGAUUGUAGUACACAGACAGAGGAAGUUGUCAAGGGAGGUGGUCAUCUGCUGUGAAUGUAAGGCCCUAUGGUUUUCUUCUGUCUCCUCUGUAUGCAAACGGCAGACAGUCCAGAUUAAAAUGACCUUCUUGCAAAUUGAAGGAAAUGUAGUUUAGCAUUUAGCUAAUCCAUUGUGGACCAGUGUCAGUUAGAUUCAGGGCGUUUUAAGGCUGAGGCUUAGUUUUUCAGUUUUCUCAGUGUUCUGUGGGAUGAAUUGGCUUUCCCAGAAGUUAAAACAAAGCUUGAGGAAGCCACAGGUUCUGUGUCCAUCCUGGAGUGUUUGUGCACAUGCAGGCUAAAGCUUUUCAGGAUUUGGUGUGACCUCUGGUGGUUCUGAUGAACACAAACACUGCCAACUUCAUGGAGUUUAUUUGGGCAGCGAUGUGGUUGACUGACUGUGUAUUUCCCUUUGACUCACCUUGCCCUCCCUUCAUGUUGCUGAAGGCACGGAGGAGGCAAAAUCCUUUCUCUUUCAUACAGAGAUACUGCAAUCAUGAAAGUCUAGUCACCUGUUAGUCCCCUAGAGAGGGCAAACAUGGUUAAACUAAAAUGUCAUUAGAGAAGUUUGAUUUAAAGUAAUCAGCCAUCCAAGGCAAAUUGCUUGUCUAAAAACAAAAAAAGCAAGAACACAGUAGCCCGCUCAGUUCCACUGCCAUGUCUGCCUUAGCCCAGUGAGCUGAAGAGCUGGUGUGUGUAGAGCCUAGCCACAGCGAAACCAGCAAGGACCAGUUGGGCUCUGAGGGCAUGGUGCUGGGGCACCAUUGUUGUCCUCUUGCCUGAAGGUUCAUGCCUGUGG